AUGAUGGUUGCAUUCUCUUGGUUUCUUUGCCUUCUCUGGAACCAAUGUGACAAGCCAGUCCAAUGGAAGCGAGGAUAUCACCCGCCAGCAAUUCAAGAUGUUUAUGACUUUAUUAUUGUUGGAGGGGGGACCGCCGGCCUCGUCGUAGCCAACCGACUCUCCGAAGAUACCAACACGUCUGUACUCGUGGUCGAAUGCGGAGGUCUUGUAAAGAAUGCAACAGCUUACAUACCCCAAACAUCGAACUUCUAUUCUAACUUUACCACACCUUCCCUAUUGCGCCGGUCGAGCGUUUGGACGGGCUUGUGCUUCCAGUCGCAGUCGGAGCUACCGUAGGAGGUGGAAGCGUCGUCAAUGGCAUGCUGUUCAAUCGGGGCUCGCCCCAGGACUAUGAUGCUUGGUUGGAUCUAGGAAACGAUGGAUGGGGCUGGGAUGAUCUUUUCCCUUACUUUAUGAAGAGCUCCAAUUUCAGCCAGCCUAAAAGUCAAGCUAACAAAGAUUUCUCAGUGACCUGGAACAAAUCGGCUUGGGGCACCGAUGGUCCGGUCCAUAGCAGCUUUCCGGCAUGGCAAGUACCCCAACAGGAGCUGUUUAUCGAUGCCAUAAAGCAGACUCGAGAAGACGUCAGCAUUUGGCCAGAAGGGAGCGAUGAAUCUGGCGUGUCCUGGGUACCAAGCACGCAGAAUCCAGACACGCAGACUCGGAGUUCCGCUAAAACCGCCUACUACGACCCCGUUGCUCAAAGGGAAAACCUGAAGCUCUUAGUGGAAGCACGAGUGCACCGCAUUGAUUUCAGGAACCGAAGUGCGACUGGAGUGUGGAUCAGGAAUCGUCACUCGACGGGAGACUCGCUGAGGUACAUCUCUGCUAGGAAAGAAGUUAUACUCGCCGCAGGUCCGGUCUUCAGUCCCUACCUUUUACAGGUUUCUGGAGUGGGUCCGCGUCGAUUACUCGAGGAAGCAAAGAUUCAACUCGUUCAUAACCUGCCAGGUGUGGGCAUGAACCUUCAAGACACACCAGUCAUCAACUAUGUCUGGAGCCUUCCCGGGUACAGAGCUCCGCAGUGGCGAGAUUAUGUACGCAACGCAACACUCUACCAGGAAGCGAAACGAGAAUACGAGCAGAACAAGACGGGUCCAUUGACACUAUGUUUUGGAAAUCUCAUCGCUUCGCUUUCCCUUGCUCAGAUUGACCCACACCUUGUCGACACUAUCCGCACAAUUUCGCAUACUGACUUCAAUGACUACCUCCCAGCCGCAUAUACGAAGACUGUAUACAACGGAUACGAAGCCCAAAUCCGCACGUUGAAGCAGCAGCUACUAUCGCCCACGACUGGUAUAUACGAGUUUGCCUUCAACGGCUGGAGCACUACAUUUUUCAACCUCCUCGAGAAGCCAUUGUCCCGUGGAAGUGUGCUCCUUAACACCACAUCUCCUUACUCUUCUCCACCAGUCGUGCAGUACAACACACUGUCAAACCCAAUCGACACGCUCCUUAUAAGCUCUAUGGUGAACUACACGCGGAAACUGUUCGCUACGUCAGCGUUGAUUAACGAAUUCAACCCCGUCGAGAUUCUGCCAGGAUCGAACUAUACAAGCCCCCAAGAUGUGAUAUCGGCGUUGAACCAGCAUCGACGGCUUUAUCCAUCUUGUUCGCACACCAGUGGUGGCUGCUCUAUGAUGCCGCUAGAGCUUGGAGGAGUCGUUGGCAGCGAUUUGAAAGUGCAUGGUAUUGGGAGACUAAGUGUGGUAGAUUCCAGUAUUAUUCCGCUCCUACCAUCUGCACGGCUGGUCCAUACAGUCUACGCUAUUGCGGAAAAGGCUUCAGACAUUAUUAAGGCAAGGCACUUAAUA